CGUCAUUGUGCGCGCCGGUGUCGGCUAGCUGCUGCGGCUAACACGCGUGAAGUUGUGGGACCGGCGUGCGGUGAACCCCCGCAUCCGGGCUAGGCGCUGAACCCGGGAAGAACUUCCGUCACGCGAGGGUCUGUCCAGAGCUCCCGCGCGAGCUCCUCAUGUAGGCGGCGGGAAGCUAGCGGCGGCACGCGGACGAGACAUGAACCACAAGAGCAAGAAGAGGAUCAAAGAGGCGAAGCGGAGCGCGAGGCCGGAGCUGAAGGACUCGUUAGACUGGAUCAAGCACGGCUACCACGAGGGCUUCGACCUGUCCCACCGAACCGUGAAGGACAACGUGGAGCGGGUGGACACCCGGAACCUCUCCCCUGAGGAGUUCAUCGAGCGCUUCGAACGUCCCUACAAACCCGUCGUCCUCCUCAACUGCCAGGACAGCUGGGCCGCCCGGGACAAAUGGACCCUGGAGCGCCUGAAGCGCAAGUACCGGAACCAGAAGUUCAAGUGCGGGGAGGACAACGACGGCUACUCGGUGAAGAUGAAGAUGAAGUACUACGUGGAGUACCUGGAGUCCACCAAAGACGACAGCCCGCUCUACAUCUUCGACAGCAGCUACGGUGAGCACGCCAAGCGCCAGAAGCUGCUGGAGGACUACGAGGUGCCGCUCUUCUUCCGGGACGACCUCUUCCAGUUCGCGGGGGAGAAGCGCAGACCGCCGUACAGGUGGUUCGUGAUGGGCCCUGCCCGCUCCGGAACGGGGAUCCACAUCGACCCGCUGGGCACCAGCGCCUGGAACGCUCUGGUUCAGGGCCACAAGAGGUGGUGCCUGUUCCCCACCAACACACCGCGCGAGCUCAUCAAGGUGACCCGGGAGGACGGCGGCAACCAGCAGGACGAGGCCAUCACCUGGUUCAGUGUGAUCUACCCCCGCUCCCAGCAGCCCACCUGGCCCCAGGAGUUCAGGCCGCUGGAGAUCCUGCAGAGACCCGGGGAGACCGUCUUCGUACCGGGGGGGUGGUGGCAUGUGGUUCUCAACCUGGACACAACCAUCGCUGUGACGCAGAACUUCGCCAGCACCACCAACUUCCCCAUCGUGUGGCACAAAACGGUCCGAGGGCGACCCAAACUGUCCAGGAAGUGGUACCGCGUCCUGAAGCAGGAGCGGCCCGACCUGGCGGCGCUGGCGGACCAAGUGGACCUGCAAGAGUCCACGGGCAUCGCCUCGGACAGCUCCAGCGACUCCUCGUCCUCCUCCUCCUCCAGCUCGUCCGACUCGGAGGGGGGGUCGGGCUCCGAGGGCGACACCAUGUCCCACCGCCGCAAGAAGAGGCGUGUCUGCGGCGCGGCGGCCAACGGCGACUCCACCAGCCAGGACGACUGCGUCAGCAAGGAGAGGAGCUCGUCCCGGUGACCCGCAGCCCCCACCGGCCUCCAGCCCCCCCCGAGAAGAGGGGGGGCUGCUGUCUUCACAGAAAGGGGGCGCUGGAAGAGACCCGUCACCACUGUGCUUUUCUACGUCUGUACUGUAUGAACCGGGUUCUGUGGGGGGUUCUGCUGGCGCGGUCCGUUCAGGGGUGGCUGGGAAGUCUGAGCUCUGCUGGAGCUCCUCUCAGGUAAAGGUUCUGUCUGCAGAGACCGCCGCUGCUCCGCCCACUUCUCCGCCCACUGCUCUGCCCACUGCUCCGCCUUAACCCCCACCCUGCAGAAAGUCUGAGGCCCGGAGCGGAUCAGAACAAACCCACACGUGGGCUGCAGCUGCUUGGGGGCUGACGGGCCGCCUGAAGCUGUUUCCUCUGACCUUGUUCUGGGGGCGGGGCUAAAGCCUGACCAGACUGAUGGAACGCCGUCGCUUCUCGUUUUCUGAAGCGUUCUGUUGGUCGGCGGUGAAGCCAGUAAAGUGCCUCUGAUGGGGGGGCGGGGGGUGUCUGUGCCUUCAGGGAAAACUCCUGUUUUUGUGGGGGGGUCAGACUGAUCCGUUUAACUGUUUCUCAAUAAAACGUUUCUGACUCAGAA